GCCCUUACACGGUAGAUUUCACAAGCUGGAAGUGUGUCCACCCCUACUGUAAUGCUGCUGGUUUGAAUAGGAAAACUCCAAUUUCUCUUUCUGCUAUCAACAGUUAAUAUAUGUCCUAUGGGGACAAUAGAAAUGGAAGGCAAUCGCACGCUUGUUACUGAUUUUGUUAUGGUGGGUUUCACAACAGAUCCACUUCUGCGUAUCAUCUUCUUUGUGCUGUUCCUAGCUUCAUACAUCCUAACACUGACUGGAAAUGUGGGCCUGAUGACACUGAUCUACCUAGAUUCUCACUUGCACACACCCAUGUACUUCUUUGUUGGCAACCUUUCCUUCCUAGAUGUCUGGUUUUCCACCGUCUACACUCCACGGAUCUUGUCUGACUGUGUGUCCAAGAACAAGGUCAUGUCCCUUGCCGGCUGUGCUGCCCAGUUCUUCUUCUCCGCUGGCUUGGCCUACAGCGAGUGCUUCCUGCUGGCUGCCAUGGCAUACGACCGCUACAAGGCCAUCUGUAACCCACUUCUCUAUGCCACUGUCAUGUCCAGAAAGCUCUGCAUCCAGCUGGUGGUUGGGUCUUACGUAGCUGGUUUUGUCAAUGCCAUUGUACACACAGGCAACACCUUCCGCCUACACUUCUGUGGGAACAACAUUAUCAACCACUAUUUUUGUGAUGCACCACCACUUGUGAAGAUGGCCUGUGAUGAUACCAGGGUCUAUGAACUCAUUGUAGCCACCAUCAUUGGUUGCAAUGUUGUGGCAACCACUGCCCUCAUUCUGAGCUCCUAUGUGGGUAUAGUAGCAGCCAUCAUACACAUUCACUCAGCUGCUGGGAGGCGCAAGGCCUUCUCCACGUGCUCCGCCCACCUAGUCUCUGUCUCCCUCUUCUAUGGUUCCAUCCUCUUCAUGUAUUCUCGGCCCAGCUCCCAGCACACGCCAGACUGGGACAAGGCAAACGCUUUGUUCUACACAGUUCUCAACCCUCUGGUCAACCCCAUGAUAUACAGCUUACGCAACAAAGAUGUGAAGGCAGCCUUCAAGAAAGUCCUGGGGAAAUUCAUGACACCCAAAUGACCAUUGGUAACCCCACAUUACAGAAAUGAGAAUGAAGUAACAGCCUGUAGUGUCUUCCUUUAUCCAGCAAAAGAGAUUGUGGAAAAUACCACGAGUCCAAACUGAUGACAUCAAGGCCCUUCUACAGAAUAGUCACCAUCUUCUGUGAUCGGAACUCUUGAUAAACAUAUUCUUCCAUCAGCAGUUU